AUGCGGGAGGCGAAGCUGGAGCACGACGCCAUCUUCAGCUACAGCGCCGGGAUUAGCGCGUGCCAGAAGGGCAAGCAGUGGGAAGGUGUUCUGGCGCUGUUCAGCGAGAUGUGUGAGGCGAAUGUGUCGCCCGACGUCAUCAGCUAUAAUGCUGGGGUAAGCGCGUUCGAAAAAGGCAGCCAAUGGCAGCAGGCCUUGUCGCUGUUGAGCGAAAUGCGGGAGGCUAAGCUGGAGCCCGACUCAGCUACAACGCUGGGAUCAGUGCGUGCGAGAAGGGCGAGGAGUGGGACCAGGCUCUGUGGCUACUCUGUAAGGCGAGGCAAGGAAAGGUGA